AAAGCUGUUUGUUAUUCGAGCGUUGCUCGAUGUUGUUAUUUUUCUUAACGCGACGACGAACGGUAACCGGUGUUAGUCAGCUGACAUUGACAGAUACAAGAAAUUUUUUUCUUCUUUUUUAUGAUAAUUUUACAUAGUCCAAGAAGAAACCGAUGGACUGGAGAAACGAUGAAUCCGACCAUUCGAGCGGUUUGUGGCUGUUUGUCAUGUACUACUAAUCGUAAUCGUUUCAAUUGACACUUAAAUCGCACGUUUUGUUCCGCGAACAGUUGAAAAUUUUACUUGGGAUGAAAAAAAUGUGACGAGGAUCAAAAGCGAUACGAGCUUAUCCGGCACUGGAGGAUAUAAUAUGUGUUCUCAAGGCGUACAGGUUUCAAUGAUUUCUAAUCCAUGCUCAGUUUUCUUUUUGUACGAGAAUAUAUAUGAAUUUGAAAUGUCUCCGCGUGUAUAUCGGAUUGCUUGGAAAACAGGCGAAUUUUGAUGUUUGCAAAGAGUGUCUGGAACGUUUGGGACUGGAAACCCCAAUCGAAGUUAGUAAUCCGUUCCGUCCAACGAGCAAAAUAACUCAGACCGAACCAUCCGACGACAUCGAUCAAGAAUUAUACAGCGUAAAUGCCACAGAUUUAUUUCCAUGCCGACAAACUUUCCUUCAUCAGCCUGAUAUUUUGUAUUUCCAAGGAGUGAAAUAUCCACCGGAGGAUAUUGCUCGUCAUUGGAAAAAAGACUCACGAACGUGGCUUUGGAAGUCUGUCAGGCGAAGACGAAACAAAUCGGUGUCUACUAAUGAAACAUGCGAGACAAACACUGAAAACAUAGAAAAUGAGUAAUUUGAAUGCCGAUUUAAAAUUUCGCGCUGCAAAGUUAUUUUAUCCUUUGCAUUUGUUUCUUGUAUUCCUUUAAA